AGCAGUGCCAGGUGAUGGCAACCUGAGCGGGCAUCAAUAAUUGAAGGUGCUCCAGGAUGGUGUCCCCUUUCUCUGGCAGUGGCAUUGGGCACCGAGGUGGUGGCAGGCAAUGGGAUGUGUGGGCACUGGGAUGGUGCUGGGUGUCAGGAUGGUAGUGGGCACUGACCAGGAGAGUGCCAGCAUGGUGAUGAGUAUUGGGAUGGGCAAGCAGCAGGGUGGUUAUGGGUACUGGGGUGGGUGCGUACCAGGAGAGGUGGGCACUGGGAUGGUGGUGGGCACCAUAAUCCAUGGGUGCUUGGAUUGUGGUGGGUGCCAGGAUGGUUGUGCUAGGAUGCUGCUGGGUACUAGGACAAUGGCAGCCACUGGGAGGGUAGUGGGCACCAAGAUGUAUCCACCAGUACCCUGGUACCUGCACCACAGCAGAUGGCUACCAAUUUGGCACUUGAAUCAGUGGACCAGGACUGGUGGGCAUUGGGGAGGGGCAGUAGGGACCAGAACCACAAGCCUAGGAGGUGCCAGUGGCAAUGCCAAGGCAGCCUCAGUGACAGAGAUGGGGCACCCAUCCCUUUGUCACCCACCUGUGCCCACAUCAUUCCCUUCUCAGCUCCCAGAGUCCCUUUAUUCCAUGACACCCUCUCAGCAUUCCCACUUGGUUCCAGGCUGGACACGCCAAGCCCCAUGGCAUCAUCCCGUGGGGCACGGAAAGAAGAGCAGCAGCACCGCACCAGCCACGCUAUGAAUUAUUGAGCCGUUGGCACGGUGCCACUCGCACCCUUCCCUUCCUCUUCCUCCCCCUUCCCAUCCCUCGGGUGGGUGCCAGCGGGUGGGGAGCCGGCUCGGGUUUCUGCCCAGCAGGAGACCUUGGGAGCGGGGCGGAUCGCCCUGGCACGCGGGCACCUCUUAAGGCCGCUCCUGCGGCUCGGCGGGCGAGGCAGCCGCGUGCCCGCGCAGCCAUGGCCGUCCCCAUCGCCAAGUCCUUCUACGACCUGAGUGCCACCACCCUGCAGGGGGAGAAGGUGGACUUCAACGUCUUCCGGGGCCGCGUGGUGCUCAUCCAGAACGUGGCCUCGCUCUGAGGGACCACCACCCGCGACUACACCCAGCUCAACAUGCUGCAGGCGCGCUACCCGCGCCGCCUCGUCGUCCUGGGCUUCCCCUGCAACCAGUUUGGCUACCAGGAGAACGGCAGCAACGAGGAGAUCCUCAACAGCCUGAAGUACGUGCGGCCCGGGGGCGGCUUCGAACCCAACUUCACCCUCUUCCAGAAGUGCCAGGUGAACGGGCAGGACACCCACCCAGUCUUUGCCUACCUGAAGGCUCACCUGCCCGCCCCGGCUGAUGAUGGGGCUCACUUGAUGGGCGAGCCUCGUUUUGUCACCUGGAGCCCCGUCAGACGCUCUGACAUCUCCUGGAACUUCGAGAAGUUCUUGGUGGGUCCCGAGGGGGAGCCCUUCCGCCGCUACAGCCCUCGCAUGGCCACCGCCCAGCUGGAGCCUGACAUCCAGCGGCUGCUCAAGCUGGCCAAGUAGGGUCCGCCUCCGCCACCGCUCCUGGAUGCCGUCCCCAGCUCUUUGCCAGGUGAUGGCUCCCUCCAAAACCGUCACGGGGAAGGGGCUUGAUGGUGGGGCAAAGAGCUGGGGGGGUGGCACAGGGCGGUGGCAAUAAAGCUGCCAGAGGGAGCGU